GAAGUGGGGCGGGACAAUAGAAAGUGAAAGUACAGACGCCAUUUUGAUGAAGCCACUGAAAACCAUUUUACAGCGCCAGUGUGCAGCUGUCACAACCUGAGCAUAAUCAUCUGCACAUAUUAACCUGUUUAGACCAGCAACCGAGACAGAACAAACGUGAUGGAGCGAACCGUCGACCAUCUUCGGAUUCUGCUGAUCGGUAAAACCGGUUCAGGAGUGAGCGCUUCUGGAAACACUAUCCUGGGAAAAAAUGUGUUUCAGUCCAGUCGGAGCCUGACCUCCAUCACUGACAGAUGCCAAAAGCACACGGCUGACGUGUCAAACAGAAGAAUUACUGUACUAGAUACACCAAACUUCUUUAAUUCAUCUGACAUUGAUCUGAGUGUGGAGUUGAAGAGAGGAUUGAACAUGUGUUCUCCGGGAAUCCAUGUGAUCCUUCUGGUUCUCCCUUUACACACUUUCACUCAACAAGACGUGGAUACCCUGUUCUUAUUCAAGCAGAUGUUUGGAGAGAAGGCCAUGAAACACACUUUGGUCCUCUUCACACAUGGAGACGAACUUCAGAAUAAAUCUCUUGAUCAACUAAUAAGACAAAACGCAGAGCUGUCCAAACUAACAGAGGAGUGUGAAGGGAGAUUUCACCUGCUGAACAACAAAGAUCUGAACAACAGAGAUCAGGUCACCAAACUCCUGAUGAAGAUCCAACGAAUGGUGUCUGACAAUGAGAACAGCUGCUACACUUUAGAGAUGUUUAAAGAUCAGUCGCUCAGAGUAUUUCUGCUGAGAUUUAUGAAGCCCAAAUACCUGUAUGCGGUCAGUGUUGUUAUUGUGUUUGCUCUGGGUUGUGUUAAUAUGAUGAAUGAAGGUUCAUUUGAUGUUAAAUCAUUUCUGUAUGGCUGUGCUGGAGGUGUGUUAUCAGCAGUGACAGGAGCUGCUCCAGCUGUUUGCACACAGAUAUACAACAAUCACAGCAGCAGGAGAUUCACUGACGAACAUCUGAAAUCUGAUCUGCUGGAAAUCAUGUGUGGUUGUGUUUCUGGAGGGAUCACAGGGUGUUUUGUGGGUCCAGCAGGUUUAUCAGCUACAUUAUUGAGAGGAACACUGGGGGGUGUUGGGGUUACACUCUUCUGGAAUUUGCACAAUAAAAUAUUGUAAUGAUCUGAAAUCACUUCCAUCACUAAAUGAGUUUAAGUUACUUUUAACAGACUAUGUGUUUUAUCCUUUGGUAAAUUGCUUCUGUGAUCCUUGAUUGUAUUUUUUUUUUUUUUUUUUUUUUUUUUUUUUGUCUUAAUGUGUAUUUGUAUGUCUAUGUUAU